AUGUCUCAACAGUCAACUAUGCUAGCUGCGUUUAUCCCACAAGUCCCGCCACAAUAUCAGGCAAUUGCAAUAGUCAUUGCAGGUUUUGUUGCGAAUUUUGUUGUGUUUGGGAUUGGAUUCACGUUUGGUGUCUUUCAGGAGUUUUACACCUCUGACAAAGGGCCGUUGGUUAACACUUCUCAUGCUGUGGUGUCUAUGAUUGGUACCACUGCCACAGCAACAACGUAUUGUUGUGCAAUUUUCUUCAAUACUGCAAUGAACUACCUCAAGUCACCUCAAGUUGUUAUGUUUAUUGGUGCUAUGCUGAUGAGUCUUGGUUUAUUAGCUGCCAGUUUUUGUCAAGCCGAUAAUGCCUAUCAAUUUAUCUUGAGUCAAGGUUUACUGUUUGGUAUUGGUGCUUCCUUCACAUACAUCCCACCAGUUGUUUGUGCCCCACCUUUCUUCACCCGUCACCGUGGAGUGGCCUUGGGGAUUUUGUUUUCAGGCACCGGUGCUGGUGCAUUGGUGUUGGGUCCCAUCACAAGAACGCUCAUUUCCCAUCUAGGAUGGCGAUGGAGUUUGCGCAUCCUAGCCUUUAUCAGUAUCGUCAUGACAGGAGGAUCCAGCGUACUGGUGAAUCAACAUUCUUCGUUACAAUCGGCAAAUCCAACAUCGUCCCUCAAAAAAGUGUUCGACGUUAGAUUGAUGAGCGUUGAUCCUAUAAGUUUGUAUACUCAGCUGUUUGCAGGGUUCUUCCAGAGUGCAGGUUACUUGAUAAGUCUGAAUUAUAUGUCAACCUAUGGAGAAACGCUAGGUUUUAGUGCAACACAGGGAACUGUAUUUAUUGCAGUAAACAACGGGAUCAACGCUACAUUCAAAGUGAUAUUGGGAUUCUUAGCAGAUAGGUACAUUGGCAGGUUGAACAUGAUCAUAAUUUGCAAUCUCAUGAGUACUCUAUGUGUGCUUGUCUUCUGGCUGAUUAGUCUACGAGGCACAUUUAUAGCGUUUGUUGUCCUUUAUGGCGUAUUCUCUGGAGCAAUUAUAUCUCUUCUACCUACAUGCUUGAGUGAAAUAUUUGGAAUCAAAAAUUACAAGAGCAUGAGUGGUUUGAUGUACUUCUUUAGAGGUAUUGGUAACUUCUUGGGCUCACCCAUAGCUGGUCUGCUGAUAUCCACUGGUGGGUUACCCACUGACCAUCAAAAUUGCAUUAUUUACAACGGAUGUCUGCUUGCUGUUAGUACAUUUUUGUUAGCAUUACUAAAAGUAAGAGUUCGGAAGACUGUUGAGGAAGAAGAAUGA